UCUCCUUCAAGCCGUCAGUGACAGGUCUCAUCCAUUUCCCGAGGCGUCUGACUCGCGGCAAGCUCUACAAGAUGGCCACCAAGGCAGGUGUUGAGAAGGCUGGUGUUGAGGCGGAGGCUCCCCAGGUGCACCGCAUCCGCAUCACCCUGACCUCCAAGAACGUGAAGAACCUGGAGAAGGUCUGCGCUGACCUGAUCAAGGGUGCCAAGGAGAAGCAGCUGAAGGUGAAGGGCCCCGUGCGCAUGCCCACCAAGGUGCUGCGCAUCACCACCCGCAAGGCCCCCUCGGGUCAGGGUACCAACACCUUCGACCGCUUCGAGAUGCGCAUCCACAAGCGCCUGAUCGACCUGCACUCGCCCGCCGAUGUGGUCAAGCAGAUCACCUCGAUCAGCAUCGAGCCCGGUGUGGAGGUGGAGGUGACCAUUGCGGACGUGUGAGGAAACUUUCUGCAGCGGCGUCGUUGGACAGUGCGGCAGGCAUGAGUGUUGCACAGAGCCAAGGUGGUGUUGGUGCAGGUGCUGGGCACGCAGGAGUGCAUGAGUGCAUAAGGCCAGUUGCUGGAUGGGCCGCACGGCUGCCAGGGCUGGUGACUGGCGGAAUGCCGAGGCUUAGAAGCCGUAGGCAUGGAUUUUUCGGCGCUGACACGCUGUAAGUUUGUUGGCUG